GUAGGGUUACCAUCCCGACGCGGCCGGUCCCUACGUGCCUCCCGAUGAUGUGAAUCCCUGCUUCCUGCUUCCCGCCCCGCCACAAACCGCGUCGUCGUCGUCGUUAUCCUGCCGCAGGGGCCAGAAGCAGCGACGGCUCUCCGGCGGCAGCACGGCGCGGACAUGGGACACAUCACACUGCCACGGCGCAUGUUUCUGUGGUGCAUGGCGUCCAUCUACUUGUUUGCAUUUGUUUCCCUCUACGUGCAGAUCCCAGGUCUCUACGGUAAUGAUGGUCUGUUGCCGGCACGCUGGCAGCUGCGGUACAGCGGGAAGCCCCUGUGGGAGCAGUUCCUGUCCUCUCCCACGCUGCUGUGGAUGGCACCCAGGCUCGGACUGGACACACACACCGCCAUGGAGCUGCUUUGUCUGAUCGGAGCGGCUCUGAGCCUCGCCGCCGUGCUGGUGGACGCUCUCCGAGACAGCAUUGUGUUUUUGUGCCUCUGGGUGUUGUACAUGUCCUUGUACCAAGUUGGCCAGGUUUUCCUCUACUUCCAGUGGGACAGCUUGCUUCUGGAGACGGGCUUCCUCUGCAUCCUUGUUGCUCCGUUGACGUUAAUCCGAGGAUCACGAGGGGUCAGAGAACAUGACGGUGUGACCUUCUGGCUGGCCCGCUGGCUGCUCUUCAGACUCAUGUUUGCCUCCGGAGUGGUCAAGCUCACAUCACGCUGUCCUACGUGGUGGGGCCUUACAGCUCUGACGUAUCACUAUGAGACUCAGUGCAUCCCGACCCCCCUGGCCUGGUUUGCCCAGCAGUUGCCCGUCUGGUGGCAGAAGCUGAGCGUGGUCGGGACCUUCGUCAUAGAGAUCGCUGUGCCCUUCCUCUUCUUCAGUCCACUGCGCCGGCUGCGGCUGGGGGCCUUCUACUUGCAGGUGCUUCUUCAAGUGCUCAUCAUCUUGUCUGGCAACUACAAUUUCUUCAACCUGCUGACCUUGGCCCUCUGUCUAUCUCUGCUGGACGACCAGCAUGUGCACUUCUGGCUAGGCAAGGCACAGAAAAACAACAACAACAACAAUAAUGAGUCCAGGCUGUGGUCGUGGCUGUGUUACCUGGUGGAGCUGGCUGUCUGGUCUCUAAUCGUCUUUGGGAUGAUCGUAUGUUUCGACCUCCAGGUGGACGUGGGAAAGAAGAGCGUCUCCUCCAGGACAGUGUUUACAUCCCACCAGUUUAACCAGUUUCUGAAAAGAGUCACUAUCCCCUCUAUCUGGAUGGGCGUCCUCUCUCUCACCUGGGAGAUCAUCACUUCCAUGUUCAGGUGUGCGUGCAUCCAAGGCUUCCUGAGAAGGUUUUGGGGAAGUAUGCAAUGGACCAUUUUUGCUGCUGCUGCUGCUGCCAUGUUCACCAUCAGUCUGGUGCCAUUCACCUAUGUGGAGUAUGACUCUAAUGCCAGCCUCUGGCCGGGGGUGCGUCGGGCAUAUGAGGUGGUUGACCGCUACCAGCUGGUCAACUCAUACGGUCUGUUCCGAAGGAUGACCGGGGUCGGCGGCCGGCCGGAGGUUGUCAUCGAGGGAAGCAAUGACAGAGUCACAUGGACGGAGAUAGAGUUUAUGUACAAGCCAGGCAACCUAAGUGCGCCCCCGGCUGUGGUGACGCCCCACCAGCCCAGGCUGGACUGGCAGAUGUGGUUCGCUGCCCUGGGCUCUUACACACAGGCCCCAUGGUUCACCAGCCUCAUGUACAGACUGCUGCAGGGCAAGAGAGACGUCAUAGAGCUGAUCCAGUCAGAUGUAACUCAGUAUCCAUUCCACCAGGAGCCCCCCACCUACCUCCGAGCCCACCGCUACAAAUACUGGUUUACUGAACCAAAGGCUGACGGAUCCUACCCUGAGCGCUGGUGGAGGAGGGUCUAUGUGGAGGAAUUCUAUCCCACAGUGCAGCUUGGUGACUCCUUCCUGGACAGUAUGCUCCUUCAGUAUGGACUUAAGGACAAAUCAGCUCCACGUCGCCUAUCCAAUGCCACUGUCCCCCGGGCUGUGAGGUGGGUGCGCUCACAGGUCAGGGGUGUUCCCGCCCCGUUGCUCAUAUGGAGCCUUUUCGCCUGCAGUGCCUCCCUCUGUCUGCUUAGGGUAUUGCAAAACAAUAAGAAACCCAGAGAGAGUGAAAAGGCUUUGGUCGAGGAGAAGCCCACUAUGACUGCAAGUGAUCAUGCAAAAUCUGCAGCUGAUGGUUCCUCAGAUAUUACUGGGCAGCCAGAUGAACCACAGGAGGAGGAGGAGGAGGAGGAAGGCAGUGAAGACAACGAGGGACAAGUAGAAAAAGACACUGUUGGUGAUGAGGAGGAGGAGGAGGAAGAAGAAGAUGCAGAGGAAGAUGAGAGAGAAAGGGACGAUGACAGCCUCAGGAAAAGAAAGUAAAAGUUUGACAUGUUGAAGCCGAUGUAGACAAUCCUUCAGGAUAAUGCCACCUGUCACCAGUACUUGCCUUUGUAAAUGUUUCCCAAAAUGACCAAAGAAAAUGUCUUGAGUUGAUUUUGCAUUUUCUAAUCAGCCAGUUAUGAGAAACAUUUUGCCAAGCCACCCCUACGCCUUACUUACUACUUGUUUGUAUAUCAGCUGUCUACAUCAGUGACACACUCCGAUGUCCUGUCUAGUAACUGAGCAGCUCCAGCCCAGUAGUUGACAGAUUUAAAAACAUCUUUUCAUAGAGAGAGGCCGAGCUGAUGGUUUGAUUGAUCUUCACACUCUACUCAGACACUCCAGAGUUGAGCUUCGGCAUUAUUGUGCCUCUGUUAGUCCAAAGUAAAGGCUGUUAUAUUCUGUGCAUCAUCAUGUUUAAAUUCAGGCUCAGUCAAAUCAUAUCAAAUGACUCAAACCCAAUGCAAUUUAAGAAAUAUAUAUGUUGGUUAUUUAAUUUUUUUCUUAUUUUGUUGGUCAAUCAGGAGAGCAUACAGACAUGUUGGUUGAAUAAUUGAACGGGCUUCCAUGCUGUUCCUUGUGUUUUGUGUGUGUGUGUGUGUGUGUGUGUGUGUGUGUGUGUGUGUGUCUUUGUAUCUGUUCCUGUAUGCAUAGUACUUCAACAACUCUGCACUUUUCUCACUGUUUUUUGUUUUACACAAAAUAUCUUUAAUUUCUGUCAGUAUUAGAAAUGAAACAUCACACAAAUCAACCCUGUGCUUGUAAAAUGUUUUUUCUAACAUUAAUAAUAAAAUGGACAUAAAUAAC